GUUGACUGCGCAGAGUUUGACUACGGCAACCUCCUGCUGGCCUUUCAUCCGGACUUAAUGGACAGCGACCCUCCCUGCCUGCACUCUGGGGACCUGCUAAACCUCAUCUUAGGAGACGUCACAUCCCUGAAGAGCUUCGACUCCCUGACGGGGUGCGGAGAUGACAUUGCCGAGCCCGACAUUGCGGAGAGCACCAUCUCUGUGGAGCGCAGCAGAGACGCUGCUAAACGGAGCUCCUGCCUGGUCACCUACCAGGGCGGUGGGGAGGAGAUGGCCAUACCCGAGGAGGUGGAGGAGUACCUCCACCAGAUAUGGAACAGCAACACGGCAGGGGACAGGAGCUACGGAGCCCAGGUGUCCAGCAGCAGUUUGGAGACUCAUGCCUCGCACGAGGCGGAAGCCCACCCCUACGUGGGGGACGCGAUGGAUGGCGUUGACCUCCUGACGCCGCAGAGUGACCAGCAAGAGUCCGCCCCUAAUAGCGACGAGGGUUAUUACGACUCCACCACGCCGGGGCCGGAGGACGAAGCCGGAGACGGGCUCGGGGAAAUCAAGAAGGACCGUCUGCCCAGAGACAGUUACAGCGGUGAUGCACUUUAUGAGUUCUACGAGCCCGAUGAUGCGCUGAUGAGUCCCUCCCACGGGGAGGAAUCCCUGUUUGAGAGCAAAGUCUCGCACCCGGGGAUCUUCAGCUACUUCUUGGACAUCUGCCCCCCUGCUGAGAAGAGCCUGAACCAAAUGAUGGAUCAGAAAAGAGGGGUGAUGGAAACGGAAGAAGAGCGGCUCGCGGCCAUUCAGAAAGAGCUGCUCUACUGGGAGCUGCAGAGGGAACCGGUCUUGAAACGCCUUGAUGUUCCCAGCAAGGAAAAGUGUCCCCGGGAAAAGCAGUGCGUUGAAUGUAAAACUAGAGCGACCAGCUCGCUUGGCAAGAAUCAGAGUGGCCUUGGUAGCGAGCAGGUGGCCUCACACGCCCCAAACAGGGGUGUGAAUAGUGGGGUUUUGGUGGCUAGAGCUGAAAAUCCAGAGUGGAGGGAUUUUCCAGGGACUCUGUGUCCAGAAAACUGUUACAACAGCCAAAAAGCCCAAGGAAAUUGCCUUAUUCAGCUCACGAAGAGCAACCCGGGGUUUGAUUCAGACCUGGAUCGUGGGUUGUUUGGGGGCUCCGUCCACGGCGGCGCAGCCCCAGCCAAAGCAGGGCUGUUCCCCAGUUACAGGCUCCCAGAGCAGGAGCGUGGCAGCGGCGGUGCGGAUGCCACCACCGGCGAGCCCCAGGUGGGCAGCGAGCCCGAGCACGCUGUGAGCUUCUCGCAGGCGCUGGUGGAGUUUGCCAGCAGCGGGACCCUCUUCUCCAGCCUCUCCGAAAGCCUGGGGAGCUCUGCCUCCAGCUCUUCCUUCACCCAGAACCUCCCCGCCCUCCCCACCAUGGUCACCUUCGACGUGGUCGACGUGGAGCAGGAAGGGGAAGGGGAGUGCGAGCAGCAUCCCGAGAUGAACGCCGGCGAGGACAUUGCCGAGGCCUUUGACGACAGCUACGGACGGAAAGAGUCGUUGGCUGAAUGUGACGAGAGAAUGUCCCCGGGGUACCCCCCGGGCCCCUUCCAGAGCUGCAACUGGGGUGUUGCCAGCCUGCCGCGCCACCUGCGCCUCCACGGGCUGAGCCCCUCCAUGCCCGCACCGCUCUCCGUCAACCGGAGGAGCCGGUCUCUUGACACGGAGAGCCUGGAGUUUGAGCUUGCCGACUCGCAGGUGGCCAGGAGCGGCCCUCAGCUCUGCCGGCUCUGGUCCAAGCGGGAGGGUGGCAAAAAGGACUCGGGGGGGGCGAGGAGAAGCAGGAGCAAGGAGGAGGGCGAGCUGGCCGGGGCGAGGCGGUCCCGGGAGGCGGCCGGUUCCUACCGGUACCACGGAGAAGUCACUGCCAAAAAGCUGUCCCGCUUGUUACCCUUGGGAGAAACGGAGCCCGAGCUGCCCCCGGGCUUUAGUUUUGCUUGCUCCCCGGAGAAACGCGCCAAGUGCAAACCCGUCGGCAUCGCCCAGGGCAUGCCUCAGCAUCCCAACGGCGGCACCGACGCCGGAAAAAGCCCGGAGUGCUGCAGCGAGCCCCUGAAAGGCAAAGCCGCCCCCAGCCACGCGCUGCCUGCCGCCUGCCGGAGCGCUGCCGUGAAUGUCGCCCAAGCCGAAUAGCUGCUCCGGGCAGGGCACGAAAAGGGUUGCAAAGUGCAGGGAGGGAGAAAAUAAGCAUUAGCGGGCAAUUUGGGAGUGACUUUAAUUUAGACCUGGGCUGAUAAAGGAUGAGCUCCUCUCCCGCAGCCGUGGUACGUGGUCUCGCCGCUGCGGAUGCUCUGGCGGGGUUCGGAGCCGCCUCCGGGAUCCGUACGUUAACGCCGAGGCACUUUCUUUUUUCCCAGCGCGAGCCGCCGCGCUCUCCAGCGCCAAACGCAGUCGCAGCCCCCGGCGUGCGCUCACGUUGCUGCUAGAACAAAACCUGGGAACGGACCCAUGGCUGGCGUGGGAGGCUGGGGGCUUUUUCUGCAGGAUUGGAGCUGGGGGAGCAAGCCUUGGGGAAGCUGUUGAGAGAAAUUGGGUUUUUUCUUCCUCUUCUCAGUGAAACGUUUUGGUUCAGACUCACUUUGAAUGUUUUCUGUCUUGGUCUUGGUUCGGGGAGGCUGGGAGGAAGGGUGCCGGUGAUUUGCAGAGCGAGGACGGGAGGGGAGUUCAGCUGAGAGGGCAACUUUGCAGUAGCGUUUUUAUUUAUUGGUUUUAGUUUUGUGUUUGUUUUUUUUUUUUUCCCCUUGCCCCAAAGGAAAGCAGGAGCUUUUGUGUGCGUGCCAAUAACGUUUUUUUUUUCAGGUUUAGUUUUAAUUUGCUCAAAGAUACCGCGCUCGGAGAGAUGUGCUGUCGGUGGUGUCCCUUUGGUGUCGGUCCCUUCCUUGUCGUGGUCUGUCUUCACAGUGGGUAGUAGCUGCGACGUUGCAGAUGCUGUUGCUUUCUUCAGAAAGAAGUUUUGUGGGUUGUUCUGUGGUUUUGGGUUGUUCUGGGUUUUUUUUUUUAGUUAUUUUACAGUUGUUUUCUUUGCAUAAGCUCAUACGAGGAAAGUAUUCUGUUAAUUGGAAUACAGGAUGUAACGCAGCCUAAAUUAGGCUUCACGACUUCUUCCUCCUAGCUGGAGGGAACAAAAAAGCUGGAGGUUGCUGCAGGUUUUGGGUUGCUUUUUCCUCUUUGAAGGAGCGUGGAGGAGGGACACGGGCCAAGGAGACGGAUUUUGUCUGAGGUCAUACGAGCUCCUGGAAAGGUCCAUUUUGGGCUGCUGGUCCUCGAGGCAUCGCCCGUGUCCUCCGUGGUCUCAAGCACGCGUGUCUCUAAACCAAACCUCCCUGUCCGUGACUUCCAAAGCUGCUUCUUCCUUCUGUCCAAGCUCUGUAUCCUGAUUUUAAUUCAGCUACCGAUGAUUUUUGUGUGUCUGUGUCCUCCCGAGUUGCCCCUUUUCUGCUUUUCUUUGCAGCAGAGUUUGUAGCAGUAAAAAAUAAUUACAAAAUCUGGAAAUAAGAGUUUUCCCCCGUCUCCGGAGCAAGGUGCGGGGCGAGGGGCGGCUCUGCCCAGCCCAAACCCACUUUUCCCGGACGUGGCUCCGGUUGGGAAUGUCAGCAGCUCCUUGCAUCGCCAUAUUUACAGGCACAAGGAACUGGUUUGGGUUUGUUUAGGGUUUUUUUUCCUCCCCCAAGCAAAAUGAGGUCCCAAUAUUUAAUUUUGAGAAGCGGCUCCCUACUGCCCUUGUGUAUCUCUGAAGGAGCAGGGAAUGGCAAAGCCAGGCUUUGCGUGCCCACAGUUUGACUUAGGUGGGUUUUUCUUUCCCAAACAGACUGCUGAGGCUGGAGUAGACCCAUCUGUCUACCCCUGGGCUUAAACCUUCAUUUUUCAGUAUGUUCCUACCAGUGCAGCUGCAGGGAGUCACCGCAGGCGCCCGCCGUGCCACGGUUUUCCCUCCCUGCAACCGGAGAGGAUUUCGUGGGACAAACCCGGCUCCUGAUGCCGCUGCCGCGCCGCAUCCGCAUCCCCCGCCUGGAGCGGAGAACGCGGUCGGCCAGCAAGAGGUUCCCCUUGCCUCCACGGCGGUCAGCGCAGUCUCCCCUCGUUAGCACAGCACCUGAGCCGUGCCUAACAUUGCCUAAUUGGAACAUGGCCUAAUUGGAAGAGGCUUCCCCCCUUGCUCGGAGGACGGACAGGGUCAGGCCUCGGCACGGCACAUCUCACCGCCACUCACAACUUAAAAACCACGAGCAAAGACUGUCGGUGACACCAGGGACAUUGUCACGCAGGCAGGCGUUCACAGCAGUUUUGCUUGGCCUGAGCAGCAGCCCCGUGCUCGUUUUUGUUUUUUUUUAAUUACUAUUUUAUUUUAGCGCGUCACCAAAGGCACUUCGCGGGGGCGAGGGGGUUUUGCGUUCGCGUUUUGCUUGGACAUGGUGCAGCCUUUGCCAAAGUCUUGGUGAGGUGUGAAAGGGGCUCGGUGCUACAAUGAAUGUUCCGUUGCAAACGUGUGCGUCUCCCGGAAUAAUUCUUUUGGUUGUAGGUACGCAAUGGAAAGGCUUAGCGAAACACGGUUUCUAGACUCAACCGAGCGGAAGCAAUACAGCCAAGACUUGAUAAUCUGACUUUAUACCAAAGGUUUCUCCUCUAAAUUUGAUGUGAACUAAAUGAAGCAAAUACCUAUUGAUUUCAAACGAGUUUUCUAAAAGCAUUUUCAGAGCCAAUUUGCUGGAUUAUUGACGUAUUCUGCCCCGUUAACCCAAAGAAACAAGAAUUUUCGAUGCGCUAACCCAGCCUUUAAAUUAUCACUGCCGUAGAGAGGUUGGAUUGCACUGCCUGAUGCACUACUGCUCUUCCUAAAAUACCCGUCUGCCCCGGGGUAAAUAGGAAUAGAUGGUCUUGAUCUUGGUCUUGGUCUUGACCUUCUGGUCUUGAUCUGGACCAAGUCAAAUCCUGCCUUACCCAAGGAACUUGAAUUUCAGAGUGGGAAUUGAGGCUUUUUACAAAGAAGGGGCUUCUGAACCAGAAAUAAGUCCUAAAAAUCAGGAAUAGCCGAUUGUCUUGCCAAGAUGUUAAGGAAAAACUCCCCUCAAGGGUAUCGCCUGAAGGCGGCCCUUCCAGGGAAGGUCUUGCCUCACAGUGAUGAGUUACGGCUGUUGACUUGGCUUCAACCACUGGCGCUCGGGUCAGUCUACCAAGGAAUUCUGUGUUGCGUCUGGGGGACUUUGGGGGGGGGUUGUUUGUUUUUAUACACAUAAGAAAACGGUCGAUUUUAUCUAUUUUUGUAUAGUUUUGCAUUUUAUAUUCAUGGGGAAAUUUUAUGGACUGUUC